AUGCGCGCAACACAACGCCAGCUGGGCCUCUGGUCCAAGCUGAUCUCCAAAAUUCCUUUUAGCAGCAAGCGACCCAUCGGCCACGACCUAGCCGGCAACAGAUACUACGAGCUCCCGAACCCCGUCGGCGGCCGCACGAAGCGUACGGUCGAAUACGCCGACUCGCCAACCUCGUACGCCUACUCGUCUCCCGAAGACUAUCGGCGCGGCACAGCCCAGCUUCCAGUACAAUGGACGGCAUGGAUGAGCCACACGCGCGCCACCCCUCCUUCAAUGGACGAAUUACGCAAGGAUGCAGCGCGGCAAGCGGCACUACGAGUCCGAGUGGCGAUGAUUGAAGCGCGCGAAAAGGCAGAGAGGAUAGAACAGGGAUAUCUCUUGCCGGACGGAACCGAGGCUGGUGAACAAAACGUCCCGAGUUCACUGGACGGCGAUGGGUUGAUCGGAGGCGUGUUUGCCACGACUGGAGGAUCCUUCGCCUCGUCAGGGGGUACACCGCAUGCCAGUGCCAAGUUUGCGUAUCCGCCUGCACCGAGAGACAAGAUGCCGAAACGGAGGGGGAGCGCGCCUGUUGUUGAUUUGGCCCAGUCCGAGUCUAUAGAGGCCCCUCUCCAAUCCCAGACCAGUACGCCUGAAGCUAGCGCUACGGACGAGACAAGUCCCAUCGCACCACCCAGAGCAAAGGUCGACGCAAUGUCUACCGAUGCCAACACACUUCGCCAGCUUGCGGAGGAGGAUACGCGCCGCCGCCUACGUGAGAGUGGGGUUAGUGAGGAGGGGGUUGGGGAUGCCGGGGUCAAGGGUGUUGGUAAGGCGUUUCGGCCGCGGAAGCGGGGUGCGUAG